AUGGAAGAGAAGGUUCAAAAAUAAUAUAUUGAUUGUGUAAAAAAGCUGCAGAGAUUCAUCUAAAACUACCCUGAUAGAGUGCCAGCGAAGGUGUAACAAAAAUUGCAAGUUCUAUAAGCAUCAAUCGACAAUCACAAGUUUGGGAAAGCGGAGUUAUUGUCCGAAGAAGAGAUUCAUUAAUUAAUUAAUCCAUCGAUUCCUGUUAAAUUUCGAAUGUAUAUCGACAUCGUGAACUCAUUUAUCUAUUCUGAAGAUGAAGUAUAGGGUCGUCUUGAAAUGAAAAAAAAGUCAGGGUGGUUUUGGAAUAAUAAGAUAUUAAAGUUAAAUAUGAUGGAUCGUAAACUCAUGAUAUCUAGGAAUGAUCCCAAGAAGAGAGACAAGUAAUUGCCACUGUAAGAUUUUUCUCUAAAAUGGUGUGAAUCGAUGAAGACCAAGUAUUGCUUUUAGCUGUGUGGAAAGGAGACAUUCUUGUUUGGAAGUGAGGAUUUCUAAUAAGCAGAAAGAUGGUUUAAUUAUUUGAGACAAUGUUGUGCAUUUAUUGAUGAUGACUAAUUAAAAAAAAUAAAGUAUGAUAAUAAUAUUAUUAAACAAAGAUAAUAAAAAUAAUUUUAACGACAAUCUGAAGAUUUCAGUCAAUCACUAAAUUUAUAUCCUUAAAAGCGUUCAGAAAUAGUACAAUCUAAGCCUUAAAAUAUGAUUGAUGAAAAGUUGAAGACACAUCACAAAACCUAAUCCUAAGUGACAAAGCCAAUAAAUGAAAGUAGUGCUCAAAGGUCAAAUGAUUAGAAGUAAUAAGUAAUAGAGAAGGAAUAAUCAGUGUCUGUCAUCUCUAUCUAAAAUGUAAAACAAGUUUCAUAAAUUAUGCCCCAAUCUGAAAACAAGGUUCCAACUCUUCUGCAAAAUAUACUACAUAAUAAGUAGCUCUUCUCAUUAGAUAGAUUGAUGGAUGAUUCAGAAUAUCAAUUAAUAAGUUUUAAAAACAAAUUGAGACUAUUGCAACAUAAAACGUAGUAAGAAAAAAUUAAAGGCGUUGUGAACAUAACUAGUGAUAACAUAAUACCAAUUGUGUCAGCCUUGGUUUGUCCAGAUGUCAUGAAAUAAUGGAAUACAUAGAUAGACUAGACUAUAAUUUUGGACAUUAUGCUUAACAACAAUUCUAUGAUAAUAUCUGAGAUGCGAAAGAAGUACGGUUUGCUUUAUUUGAAACGAUCUUAUACAUAUUUAAGAUAUGUUUUCAAAGAUAAAGAUGCUUUUUUCAUUGUCGAUAAGAGUUUAUCGUAUCAAAAUAACAUAUAGAAUGGCUAUCAAUUUGAGGGAUAAAUUUAAUUGAGUAUAAUAGCUGUAAUUCCAUAAUAAUAACAAUAAGUGAUGAUAAUUUGGGAAACAGAAACUAAGAAUGGAGGAUAUGCAAAUGAUGCUUAACUGUCUUUACAUUAUGUCUCAGAAUUAUAGAACUUAGAUUCUUAUUUGAUAUAGAAGCAGUUUAAGAUUCCAAUUCCAUAGAUAGUAGAGGAGGCUACUAAGGAACCACUAAAUGUAGAGAUAAUAGAAUAAUAUUAACCUUAAAGAGUGAUUGAAGUCUAGAUGGAUUCCUCGUUGUCUGACGUGGAUUGCAAAUAAUUUUAGUCUCAAAUAAUCCUCGAUGAUGAACCAGAAUUGAUUAAUAAAAAUGACUAUCUCUAAUUGUUGGAGUUAGUAUCAAAGAACCCUGGGAUAAUCUAUUGGUCUGCAAUUCAUAAUUAUUAAUUGACACCAUUGGAACCGGAUAAUAUUUAUUAUACAGAAACUGCAGAGCAUAAAAAUGUGAUAUUGCAAAGUGAUUGGGAAAUCCUAGAGAAAGGUGGUUUGAGAUUUAUAAAUAAAAAGAAACUUGAAAUCUAGAAAGAAGUCAUUACAUUUAUGCUAAAGAAGUUGGGAUCCAAUUUAUUGAUGGGUAAAUCUUUGAUUAGCAUUUCUUUGCCUGUUAAUAUAUUCGAGAGAAGAUCUAAUCUGGAGAGAGCUUGUUAUAGUAUGGGUUAUAUAUGGCUAUUAGAAAAGGCAGGUGAAUUAUAGGACCCAGUUGAGUAAAUGAAAUUGGUAGCUUAAUUCUCUCUUGCCUAUAAUAUAAUGUUUUUAAAUAUGGAGAAACCUUUCAACCCUAUUUUGGGAGAAACCUUUUAGGGUUACAUGAAUGGAAAUCUAUUGUGUUGUGAACAGAUUUCUCAUCAUCCACCAGUUCUAGGAUUGUAUGUGCUUGGUAGAAACUUUAAAUUAACAGGCCAUUUGGAAUCGUAGGCAAACUUUAGUGCUAAUUCAAUUACAGGAUAGAACUAUGGGUAUUUGUAAGUCACAUUUGCAAAUACCACAUCAAUCAUAUUCAAUGUGAUGCCAGGAGUUAUCCAAGGGAUGACAAUCGGACAUAGACAGUUCUAUUAUAAUGGAGUUGGAUGGUUAGUUGAUUUGGAGAACAAGAUUUUCUGUGAUCUCACAGUCAAUGCCUUUCCUGGAAUGUUUAGUAAAAAGGUCACUCCUCAAGAUUACAUUGAAGGAUAUAUUAUCAAGGGAUCUGUUAAGGAUGUUUAAAAAUUCAACCUAGAAACCUAUCGCAAAUAUCAAGGAGUCAAGGCAUUACCUUAACAGGAUAAGCUGUCCAAUAUAACUGGUAGAUGGACAACAGGAAUGAUAAUUGACGGGGUGGAAGUGCUGAAUUGGUUCAAGCAUUUUCCUUAUAAGUUGAAAUACGAGGAUUAUCCUCUGGCAUCUGAUAGUAAUUACAGAGAAGACUUGAUUGCUUUGAAGACUGGAGAUAUGAAUUUGGCUUAGGACAGAAAGGAGAAGAUGGAAAUUCACUAGAGACAUGAUAAGAAGAUAAGACAAAAGAAAAAACAUUGA